AAAACGUGUUUUUGAGAACUGAAACAAGAUGUCUGGAAGAGGAAAAGGAGGUAAAGGUCUGGGGAAAGGAGGCGCUAAGCGUCACCGUAAAGUUCUCCGUGAUAACAUCCAGGGCAUCACCAAGCCCGCCAUCCGCCGUCUGGCUCGCCGCGGUGGAGUCAAGCGGAUCUCCGGCCUGAUCUACGAGGAGACCCGCGGUGUGUUGAAGGUCUUCCUGGAGAACGUCAUCCGUGAUGCCGUCACCUACACCGAGCACGCCAAGAGGAAGACCGUCACCGCCAUGGAUGUGGUSUACGCUCUCAAGAGACAGGGUCGUACUCUGUACGGCUUCGGAGGUUAAACUGGACCCGCUUCAAUAAACUAAAAGGCCCUUUUCAGGGCCGCACA